GCGGGUUUCCCCAGCUCGCCGCGGCCGUGCGGGGAGCCGAGCCCAGCCGAGCGGGGCGCGGGGGUGCCGGCAGCCGCCGCCAUCGCAGCCCGCAUGGGGCGGGCGCGGCCGGGCCCCGGCGCGGCCUGAGCGGGGCCGGCGGGCCGCCGGGGCGGGCUCGUCUCCCCGGCAGGCGGCCCGCCCUGGGCCGGGGGCGCCCCUGGCGGGGCGGGCAGCCGCGGCGCCAUGCAGUGCGCGGACCCCGCGGCGGCCAUGAAGGGGCCGGAGGGCGAGGGCAAGUCGGAGCAGCCGCCCUCGGCGGGACAGAGCGGCGUCAAGAGCGGCGGCCGCGGCGCCAAGGGCUGGCAGUACAGUGAUCACAUGGAAAAUAUUUAUGGCUACUUAAUGAAAUAUACCAAUCUUGUCACUGGUUGGCAAUAUCGGUUUUUUGUUUUAAACAAUGAUGCUGGCCUGCUGGAGUACUUUGUGAAUGAGCAGUCUCGACAUCUAAAGCCCAGGGGUACCCUGCAGCUAGCUGGAGCUGUAAUUUCACCCAGUGAUGAAGACUCUCAUACCUUUACAGUCAAUGCUGCCAGCGGGGAGCAGUAUAAACUAAGAGCUACUGAUGCUAAAGAACGGCAGCACUGGGUUAGCAGGCUACAGAUAUGUACGCAGCAUCACACGGAAGCUAUUGGAAAGAACAACCCUCCUCUGAAAUCUCGCAGCUUCUCUCUUGCAUCCCAAGGAAGUGCCAACUCACCUGGUGUGCAAAGAAGACCCAGUCAAAAUGCAGUUUCCUUUUUCAAUGUUGGACAUCAUAGAUUGCCAACUGGAAAAAGAGUUCCUAUUAUGCAGCCAGAUCACCUUGUAGAUGUUAGAGAGAUGAUGUCUCAGGCAGAGGGCCAGCAGAGAGACUUGAUCAGGAGCAUAGAAUGCCUUCCUGUCUCCGGUCACCUUACAUCCUUGGAUCAAGACCUAUUAAUGCUCAAAGCAACUUCCAUGGCAACCAUGAACUGCUUAAAUGACUGUUUCCAUAUUCUCCAGUUACAACAUGCUUCUCAACAAAAGGGAUCCUUACCUGCAGGAACGACGAUCAGUUGGUUAGAACCGAAGAUAUCUCUGGCGAACCACUUCAAAAAUGGAGCGGCUCAGAAUUUCCCAGCAGAGAUAAACAAGCCAGCAUCUGUCAGAGAGGAGCAGUCUGUUGCAGAGCCCUGCCAGCUAACAAGGGAACCUGAAGAAGUAAAUCCAGAUGAGGAGCUGGAGGAUAUCUGUGAUGAUAAAGAAGAUGAUCUAGGAGCGGUAGAAGAACAGCGCAGUGUUAUCUUGCAUCUCUUGUCUCAGCUGAAACUUGGCAUGGACUUAACAAGAGUGGUUCUUCCCACUUUUAUUUUAGAGAAGCGAUCGUUGUUGGAAAUGUAUGCGGACUUCAUGUCCCAUCCAGAUCUCUUCAUUGCAAUCACAAAUGGCACUACCCCUGAGGAGAGGAUGAUCCGAUUUGUUGAGUAUUAUCUCACUUCUUUUCAUGAAGGUCGCAAAGGAGCUAUUGCAAAGAAACCAUACAAUCCCAUCAUUGGGGAAACGUUUCACUGCUCCUGGAGGAUGCCGAAGAGUGAUGUAGCCACUGAUGCUGGCAGUAACUUCUCUGCUCACUCCCCCUCAGAGCAAGUAACUCUGUCUAAAGAUAUGGAAGGCCAAACAGACCUGGACUACUAUACAGUAAAAUUUGUAGCUGAGCAAGUGUCCCACCAUCCUCCUGUCUCAGGUUUUUAUGCUGAAUGUGUAGAGAGAAAGAUGUGUGUCAAUGCCCAUGUCUGGACAAAAAGUAAAUUCUUAGGAAUGUCAAUAGGAGUGACAAUGGUUGGUGAGGGUCUCUUGAGUCUCUUAGAACAUGGGGAAGAAUACACGUUCUCUCUGCCCUGUGCAUAUGCUCGGUCAAUUUUAACCGUUCCCUGGGUAGAACUGGGAGGAAAAGUCAACAUUAACUGUGCGAAGACUGGGUAUUCUGCAAGUAUUAACUUUCACACCAAGCCCUUCUACGGUGGCAAAUUGCAUCGAGUCACAGGUGAAGUGAAGCAGAACAUGACGAACACAGUGGUGUGCAGAGUGCAAGGGGAGUGGAACAGUGUGCUUGAGUUCACCUACAGCAACGGGGAGACAAAAUAUGUGGACUUGACAAAGCUGUCUGUGACAAGAAAAAGAGUUCGGCCCCUUGAGAAACAAGGACCGUUUGAAUCUAGGAGGCUGUGGCAGCAUGUAACAGAGUCUCUGCGGGAUGGAGACAUCGAUAAGGCUACAGAGCACAAGCGAGCCCUUGAAGAACGACAGAGGAAUGAAGAGAGGCUUCGUGCUGAAACGGAAACACCUUGGUGUACUAAAUACUUCCUUAAAGAAGGAGAUGGCUGGGUUUAUCAUAAACCCCUCUGGAAAACAGUCUCUGCUGUGCAAACUCAAACGGACACUAACUAGAAAAGCAGCUUUAAGAUGAGUUUUCUGAUUUUCCUCUCCUUUUCCUCUGUCUCUCAAAACACAGUAGUCGUACUGAGUGUCCCCUUUUUAUGUAAUUGUGAAAGCUUAAAUGAGGAUAAAGAAAUAAAUAUACUAGGGCACUUUAAAGCUAUUUAAGAAACAAUUAAAAGAAGAAGAAGAAAAGACGGAGUUGUAGAGACAAACUUGCCAGGUACAUUCAACCUUUUGUAUGAUCCAAGAGAUUUUAUCUGAAUUGUGUAAGAUUCUUCUAAGUAGAUCUGAUUGCAAAAGCUGCCUAAGAAGAAGGAACUGUUGGAUUUUUGAGUGACAUGGGAACUUUUUUCAGAAUCUGCAUCAAGCUUUUUAAUAACUGAAAACUGCUCAGUACCCAUGUAGACAACAGCAACAAAAAAUUUGCUGCUUUUAUGCCCAGUGAUUAACCUUUUUGGCGAAAACUGGAGGCGUGUUUGGAAGAUGUGCCUGAAAUCAGUGUUAAGAACCGGAUCAUGACAACUUUUUUCUUCAGAGGGAACGCGUGCAUGCAUCAGAGAAGUAUGGGAUAUAUGUAGAGACUACCUUUCUUUUUUAUGGAUUUAUAAAAGCAAUUAGAAUUGUAACCAUGGAGAAAUUUUUCCUCUGAAACAUUUUAAUAUACUUGAAAUAAUUGACUUGAAUUGGAAAAGUAAUUUGAACACUUUUCAACUCCUAAUUUUAUUAAAUCUCUUUGAGUGACUUC